AACCCCCUACCCGCGCCAGGGAGGGACGAUCCCUUAAAAGGAGUUCGCGGCUCGGCCCCGCCCGCCGCCCCUCCCCCACCCGCGGCGGGACGCGAGCGCUGGGCUCGGACCGCUCGGCGCCGGGUGGACACCGACGGGCUCGGGGACGCCGGCAGGCGCGCGGCUGGGGUACUCGGUCCACUCCGGGGCGCCCUCUGCGGUCGCCAUGGCCUCGGUGUUCGGAAAGCCCCGCGCUGGCAGCGGGCCCCCAAGUGCACCCCUCGAGGUCAACCUGGCCGUCCUGGGGCGCCGCGGGGCCGGCAAGUCCGCUCUGACUGUGAAGUUCCUGACCAAGAGGUUUAUCAGCGAAUAUGAUCCCAACUUGGAGGACACCUACAGCUCGGAGGAGACUGUGGACCACCAGCCUGUCCACCUGAGGGUCAUGGACACUGCAGACCUGGACACCCCCAGGAACUGUGAACGCUACCUGAACUGGGCCCACGCCUUCCUGGUGGUGUACAGCGUGGACAGCCGCCAGAGCUUCGAGGGCAGCAGCAGCUACCUGGAGCUACUCGCCCUGCAUGCCAAGGAGACGCAGCGUGGCUACCCAGCCCUGCUGCUGGGCAACAAGCUGGACAUGGCCCAGUACAGGCAGGUGACCAAGGCCGAGGGCGCAGCUCUGGCGGGCCGGUUCGGGUGCCUGUUCUUCGAGGUCUCCGCCUGCCUGGACUUUGCGCAUGUGCAGCAUGUGUUCCACGAGGCCGUGCGAGAGGCUCGGCGGGAGCUGGAGAGGAGCCCCCUGGCCCGGCCCCUCUUCAUCUCGGAAGACAGGGCCCCGGGCCACCCUGUGCCACUCACCGCCCGGCCGGGGUUGGCCAGCUGCACUUUCAACACCCUGUCCACUGUCAGCCUGAAGGAGAUGCCGGCCGUGGCCCAGGCCAAGCUGGUCACCGUGAAGUCAUCCCGUGCCCAGAGCAAGCGCAAGGCGCCCACCCUCACCCUCCUGAAGGGCUUCAAGAUCUUCUGAGGCCCCUUCCUGGCAGCCCAGGUUGGCCACUGGGGCAGCUGCAGGUUUUAGGGGCUGGCUUUCAAUGCCAGCCCUUCCCACCAGUGGACCAGCGGCCCCCUCCUGCAGCACCCAGCGGCGUCCCCACCCUGUCAGCCAAAGCCACUGCGUGGGGUGCUGUACUGUUGUUCCUGGCAGGCCUUGGUCUCUGUGGUAACCACUGCAUCUAGGACCUGGAGGGAAACAGCCAUUGCCGCAGCCCAGAGACCUGGGGCCUGCAGUAGUAGGGACAAGCUGUGGCGUCCGCUCUGCUGCGGUGACCUGUUCUGCUGCAGCUCUAGCCAGGCUAGCUGCGUCGUGUAGUGGAUGGACAGCUCCCAGAGGUCGACGGGAGAGACGGCCCGGGGUCCUGGCGCCACCUGGUGGGAGGCAGCGGCAGCACAGCUGCCUAGAAGUUGAAGCUCGGCGGUUUUGUCUUCUGACUGCGCCGGAAACCAGGGCAGCAACCCCCUUUGAUGCAUGAAAGAUCUGCUUAAGUUAAUUAUACAAGAAAGCUGGACAGGACAAGGGGCUCCAGGUGGGAGUGUUCCCAGCGCUUUGCCUUUCGGAGAGGGGAGAAGGGCACCUCCAGGGGGCUUUCACCAUGGUUUAGGGUCUUCUCCACACUUUGCUAAGGACUCCAUUUGCACACUCUCAUGACCAGGCUCCUCAAGUCUAAUGAUCGAGGAUGCAGAACACAGUGUACUCCCUACUGAUGGUUCCAGGGCCCAAGACAGCCUACAGAAGGCAGGUCAAGUGCUACCUGGUGGCCGCCAACUGCGCGCUCGCUCACAGAAACUGCCUAAAGUUUAUAGUGUAGUUUGGCAGGACCCACAACCUUCAGAUCUGAGCUUUCCAAGCCCACUUUCUUUCCUUUUUCCAGCACUGGGGAUUGAACCCAGGGCUACAUCCUCACAGUGAUCUCAGAUCUUU